AUGACGUCACACCUUCCCUUCGGAAGUCUCCCUUUCGAAGCUUGGAAGGAUGACGUCACACCUUCCCUUCGGAAGGCUCCCUUCCGAAGCUUGGAAGGCCCUCUCGCGACGUCACACCUUCCCUUCGGAAGGCUCCCUUCCGAAGCUUGGAAGGAUGACGUCACACCUUCCCUUCGGAAGGCUCCCUUCCGAAGCUUGGAAGGACACGCGAUGACGUCACACCUUCCCUUCGGAAGGCUCCCUUCCGAAGCUGGGAAGGAGACCUCGUGCUGA